AUGAAGCAGCUGUUGUCUAAGGCAUGGCGCUAUCGUCAAAACGGGUGGCGACAAACAGCUGUGCUCAACACGGUGGGUAUAUCCAUUUUCACUCUCUUGAAUAUCGCUCUUCUGGCCUGGAGCAGCGCGAAACUUGGCACCAUCAACGGGAAUGUCAUCCUCUUCAGAGGCAAUUGCGCCACCACCAAGAAAGCUAACAUAUGGUUGCAUUUACUUCUCAAUGUCUUCUCCACGGGAAUACUCGCCUCGUCCAACUUCUUCAUGCAAGUUUUGAGCUCUCCAUCCCGGAGCGAAGUGGAUUCUGCCCACAGGAAGAGCAUCUCCCUUGAAGUCGGCGUUCCAUCCAUCAGAAACGUCUUUUACAUCUCCAAUUUUAAGAAGAUAUGCUCGUUUCUCUUUUUCCUCAGCUCAAUCCCGGUCCAUCUGUUCUUCAACAGUGCCAUCUUUACCACCGAUUAUCAAGGGAGUAAGUGGCAACUUACUAUCGCGUCAGAAGGCUUCGCCAAUGGCGCCCAAUACUUCCCGCCAGGCGCAUUGCUCUUGCCCGCUGGUGCAGCUACGGGUGUAACGGGAUACGGUCAACCAGUUAGUCUUACCGAUUACUUAGACCAUGAUUCAGAAGUGAUUAAGAAAAUUUCAUCUACGGCUAAAGAAUCCCGCGGCUGGAAACGCAUCGAGGUUCCCGAGUGCCGAUCACAGUAUCAGUUUUGCUCCGCGCGCACUAAAUACGGUGAUGUGGUGAUGGUUGUCGAGUCCCACAACUCAAGUUUCAUGUUCAGCAGAGACAAACGUCUGGGUUGGACGCGAGACGGCAUCUUCGAAUCUCCGUCUCGCAAUGCUGCUCAAUUUUGGGACCCGGGAUACGACGUCCUUCCCGCAGACAGGAUCAACCCACAUUAUAGCUUUAACUUUUUGCUGGACGAGUUUGUUGAGGCCAGCUUGCAAUCAAAAAGACCGAUAGUUAAGUCUCAAAAUGCCUUGAAGUUUGACCUGAAAUAUUGUUUAGUUCAAGAGAUCGACCCAGUUUGCAAAGUCGGCCUCUCAACCAAAGUGCUGCUGAUCGUCUUCUUUUGCCUUAUAACGAAAACAUGCCUAUGUAUAGUGGUCCUUGCAACACCACGUCCAGAGGAUUCUCUGGUCGUGCCAGGAGAUGCUAUUGUCUCGUUCAUCACAGCGCCAGAGGAGAAAACUGCGGCAAGAUGCACACUGGAUCGUUUCGUUGCAGACAGGAUUUCGAGCAGCAUGACAUCCAGACCGAUACAACCUCAACAGGAACCACCACCACAGCCGCAGCAAUGGCGCCGAAGAAAUCGGCGAUGGCUUUCAGCUAUACCAAUUUCAGCAUGGGUGCGGAGUUAUUUUAUUUUCACAGGCGUAAUUAUCUUCUUGGUCGCCAUGUUUGUGACUGCAAACAACACGUACCCUGUCAAGGGCGGACAGCAAGCCUUCUCUCAUAGCCCACACAAUGGCCUCCUAAAUACAGAAGGGUCCUCAGGGCUAUUACUGUUGCCCGCCAUUAUAUUGGCUAACGCACCCCAACUGCUUUUGUCUUUUUCGUACUUUGUGUAUAAUGCAUUGUACACAAGAUUAUGUGUUGAAAAAGAGUGGAAUUCACUUAGCCAAAAAUACCGCCCAAUUCGUGUCACUCGCCCCCGAGGCCAACAAAUAUCAACCUACCGACUCCAGCUCCCAUAUCGGUACAGUAUCCCUUUGAUUGUCAUCAGUGUACUUCUGCACUGGUUAGUAUCAAACACGCUAUAUGUCUUCAUUCUCGAGGGCGGCUAUUUUCUGGUCGAACAAAAAUCUUAUCAAUACUUCAAUCCGGUGCAGCCAGAUCCUGUGCCUCGUGUUUCUGGUUUUAGCGAUGAUUCCUACGUUGGUAUUGGCUUCUCAACAAUAUCGAUCCUUGUUGUGCUCUUGAUUGCCUGCUUUCUCGCCACCAUUCCUUUUAUAUUAUGCAGCAAGAGGAUGAAAGGUCCCAUGGUCUUGGGGGGGAGCAACUCGAUGGUGAUAUCCGCUGCUUGUCAUUUGUCUUUAGUUUCGGCAACGGGUUCAAUGUCGCCAUUGGCUGGGAGCGAAAGAGAGGACGGGUAUGAACAGGUUCCAUUGAGAGAAUGGCCCCAAGCCACCUCACCGAAAAAUAAGCUGUUUACGCAGAAGAUCUCUCAGCUAGAGACGUUUGAGGUGCAGGGUCUGCUUGAAUCCGCCCAGCCUCCCUCAGGCGGAGAGCAAAGGCAGGGUGAACUAGAUUGCAAGGAUGAUAUAGGAGCAAGUGAGAAGGUUGCAUUGAUUCAAAUGGCGCAAAGUCGACUUCGUUGGGGAGUGGUUAAGAUGCCGGAAUCAUUCUACCAACAGUUUUCAGAUAUGGGUGAAGACGUGGGUCACCUUGCUUUUGGUAUAAAGGAGCAAAAUGUUGAGGAGCCCGUGGAUGGACAUUGGUAUGCAUAACAUAAGCUGCUAGAAACUUGUGCUAAAGCGGCAUGAUAUGGAUACUGUAUAGGAAACUUUUGGGGUACUUCCAUAAUAAUGUGUUAUAUUCAUAUUUGGA